AUGGGGCAGCAGUCGUUGAUCUACAGUUUCGUGGCGCGUGGAACGGUAACCCUAGCGGAGUACACCGAGUUCACGGGGAAUUUUAUCAGCAUAGCCUCUCAGUGCCUCCAGAAACUACCUGCGACUAACAACAGGUUUACCUACAACUGCGAUGGUCACACCUUUAACUAUCUCGUGGAAGAUGGAUUCACAUAUUGUGUUGUUGCUGUUGAAUCUUCUGGAAGACAGAUUCCUAUGGCAUUCCUCGAGCGCAUUAAGGAGGAUUUUACCAAAAAAUAUAGUGGCGGAAAGGCUGCUACAGCUGUUGCCAACAGCCUGAAUAAGGAGUUUGGGCCCAAAUUGAAGGAGCAAAUGCAGUACUGUGUAGAUCAUCCAGAAGAGAUCAGCAAGCUUGCAAAGGUGAAAGCUCAGGUUUCAGAAGUCAAAGGAGUGAUGAUGGAAAACAUUGAGAAGGUUCUUGACCGUGGUGAGAAAAUUGAACUUCUGGUGGACAAAACCGAGAAUCUUCGCUCUCAGGCACAAGAUUUCAGGACGCAAGGAACCAAGAUGAGAAGAAAGAUGUGGUUGCAGAACAUGAAGAUAAAGUUGAUUGUCCUUGAACCAUCUAUAAUUUCUCCUAAUUGUUGUGGGACUCUUUGA